AUGUCGGCCAAUAAUUUGUUCUCCGGGAAGGACCUAUUGAGACAGAUCUCUGAGUUCUACCACGAGCUCAAGAGAAUAGAGGUCGGAAGUAAGACUCCCGUCGAAGAAGAGGCCGAGAAGGAGGUCAACAAUGUAGCUGAAAGCCCUCAACAAGAUAGCAAGCUUCUGAUCCCAAACAAACUGAAGAGUGUGAUCGAGAAAUCAACAUUUCCGAAGGACGUCAGAGCAAAUCCUCCGACACCACAAUGUUUCCCUUACCCUCGCGACGUAAAGAAUGCAAAGGCUAUUGCUAACGGACGAUCCCCUCUCAACAGCAAGCCAGAAAGGACAGUUCUUCAAGAAGAUUCUUGUUCUUCAUGGCAGAAGCACGUUGCGCAGCUCCACGCCCAGCUACUCAUCACCGGAUCGCUCUCCCACUCCCCGUCCACCACUUGUUUGCUAAAAUGCCUCACAGAAGUCUCCUCCGUCUCACACUCCUACGUUCUCGGCUUCUUCUCUCGAAUUCCAGAUCCCUCCACCUUUCAGUGGGACACCAUCAUCUGGGCAUGUUCUUCUCAUCAUUUCCCUCGAGAGUCCCUCAAUUUGUUCCGUAAAAUGCGUCAGAAAAGCAUGACGCUAGACACCUACACAUUUCAGUUCAUGUUCAAGUCCUGCGGCCUUGCAGGCUCAGCCUUGGAAGGGCAAAUGGUGCAUGCUCUGUUUGUCAAGCAUUUUCCUGACUGUGACGUAUCGAUUGAUAUGAAAGAUGUUGUAUCCUGGACGACGAUAAUCGGGGGACUAAUGAAAUCUCGGUUCAUGGAUGAUGCUCGGAAGCUGUUCAAUGAAAUGCCUAUGAGACAUGUGGUUUCUUGGACAAGUUUGAUAGCCGACCAUGCUAAAGAUGGAAGGGCUUCAAAGGCCGUUUGGGGUGUUCAAAGAGAUGAAAUUGUCAUCGAUAAGAGAAUUGGUGUGAGCAGCAAUCUUGUUGUUGCACUAAUCAAUAUGUAUGCAAAAGGUGGAAGCAUUAAGUCCGCUCGUCAGAUCUUCGAUUCAAUGAACAACAAGAUUGCACCAGCAUGGAAUGCCAUCAUCGAUGGGUACGGUAAGAUUAGCGAUAUCGACAUAGCUCGAUCCUUAUUUGAGAAAAUAAAUGCUCCUAAUAUCAUCUCAUUUAACUCAAUGAUCACCGAAUACAUACAUGGAGGUAGACUUAAUGAGUCAUUGCAGUUAUUUUCAAAGUUACGAGCAUCUGGCUUGCAACCUGAUAAGUUCACAGUAGUCAGCUUGCUCACAACUUAUGCUAGUUUAGGUUCACUAAGCCAAGGCAAGAUCUUGCAUCCUCACAUUGAAGAGUGUUUCGUAAACCAGAUGUCAUUGGAUUUUAACUGUCAUUGUCCCUUAUGUGGAGGUGGUUUAUUUGCUCGAUUCACUUAA